GCAAGAUCAGUAAUUAUAAUCGGAGAGUGCUAGAGGCCCAAGAUGAAGUUGGCUGUAGACAAGAUGCUUCCUGAGCCUGCAGCACCCUACGUGGACCUGAACGGGGAGGGAGACAGCUCCGGACUCCUGAUGCACUUGGAAGCCAUUGAAAAGGCAGUUCAUGCAGACUGCUUCAAUGAUUUUGAAGACCUCUUUGAUGAUGAUGAUGUCCAGUGAGCUUUUGUCUGAUGGCACGUGUGGAGCAUGUAGUGGCACAUGGAGCAUUGUAGUGGCUCUGUUCAUAGGAAGAUCUCAAAUGGUUUUAAAGAACUUGUGGAGACCCCUUUUGAUCAGACCC